AUGAAUGCUGUUAUGCAACUUUCAUUGGAUCCUUCCGAAGUAGGCGAAGGUCGAGGUGCUGACCUGAACGCUUUGGCUCUUUUUGGUUCAUGUGUUGAGAAAAUUCCAAAAAGUUCAAUAAAUUCUGAUUUGAAGAUUUGUGAUAAAGAUCAUGGUCAUAGAAGAGUUCUCUUUGGUUAUAAAUAUGUAAUGCUCUUGGUCAUUAUUGUUAUCUUCAUCACCGCGGUUUUGAUGUGUAGAAGCUUCAGGAUUCAAAGGGCAAACAAGUUACAAAAAUGUCAAAAGGAAGCAAGUAAAAAAAUGGAAACUAGCAUCUUUUCACAAGUGGAUAUUGAUGCUGAUGAAAUAAGUCAUUUGGACGAAGAUAAUUUAAUCGGCCAUGGUGGUAACGGAAAGGUUUAUCGAAUCACGCUGAAGAAAAACAGGAUGGUAGUGGUUGUGAAGCAAUUAGAGAAAGGUGAUGGUUGA